AUGAAUCGCAACAAUACCCACAACAACAUUGUCCAGGCUGAAUAUGCCGAGGCCUUUGCCAUACAAAACCAAAACGACAUGGUGCAGAUAUACUGCGGACUCCAAGGCAAACGCUUCGGUGCCAACAAAAGAAAUUUGAUGAGGCACUCUCUCUAUUUCUAUUCAGCAUUGGAUGGGGUCGAUUCCGGAACACCGAUCUAUCUCGAGGACCAGGACACAACCAUCUUCGGCCUGUACUUGCUUUUCGACCACCGGCUGUGCCUCGACUUGACUCCGGAACGUUCUACCCCUUUCUACGACAACAGGAAAGACUCUUGGGAAAGAACCGCCACUCUCACGCAGAUGAUCCAGCUUUUCGAGAUGUGCCAGGAUCUGGAGAACGAAAUCCUCGGUACACACACCUACGAGCUGAUCAUGACGGUUUGCCAGCAAUGGCCGUCGAUGUACAAGAAGCCAGUUAACAUCGAUUCACAAAGAGAUUUCGAUACCGCAAACUGGUGUCUACGGUCCUUUUCUGAAGCCUACGAGCACUGCCUGCAGAAUGAAGAUCUCAGAGACAUCUUUUGUGCCAACAUCAUCGAGGGCUUCGCCGAAGGCCUUCACGAGAGAGACGGGCACUCCUGGUGCAUCUUCGUCUUGGACUUCCCCAGCUUCUCCUCCCAGGUCGACAGACAGUACUUCAACCAUGAUUCUGGGUGCUGGUGCUCGUGGUGCAUGGAGGACAGAGAUGCGCGCCAUUCUCGCCAGACAGCUGGUAUGGGAGGUUGGGCGCCACAACCGAAUCGAUAUCGCGGUAGUGACUCUUCAUAUGAUGUCUGGCACACCGGAGGGGAGCCCUUUGACUACCAGGCCCUGUACUCGUACUGGUAG